ACAGCCUGCACGCCGUAUCGAAUGAUAACGGCCAGCGAUGCGUAAACUUUGCAGCCUCCCGUGUCCGAAGCACCUUCUUCCCCCGCAAAGAUAUCCACAAAGCCACCUGGAGAUCACCCGACCAUCAAACAGAAAACCAAAUCGACCACGCUCUAAUCGACGGUAAAUUCUUCUCGGAUAUAACCAAUGUCCGCACAUACCGCAGUGCGAAUAUAGAUCACCCCGCGUCGAAGUCGAACGCCGCGACUCAACAUCGAGCAGCUGCGUAACGUAUAAGUGGCUCAUGACUACGCGCAGCAGUUAGCAGUGGCCCUACCAACGGAAGAGCAGCUUGGCGCAGCUACACUUGAAGAUGGCUGGAGGGGCAUCCAAUCCGCCAUAGGUAGUACCUCGGCUACAGCACUAGGCUUCGCGACUCCGAAUCACAGAAAUGACUGGUACGAUGGCGAAUGUGAACAGUUGAAAAACGAGAAGAAUGCAGCAUGGGCGAGAAUGCUGCAACACCGUACGAGAGCGAAUGAGGAACGUUACAAGCAGGCGCGGAACAGGCAGAACUCAGUCUUCCGGAUGAAGAAGCGCCAGCAGGAACAACGAGAUCGCGAAGCGAUGGAAGAGCUGUACCACGCUAAGGACACACGAAAGUUCUACGAGAAGCUGAAUCGCUCGUGCACAGGCUUUGUGCCACAAGCCGACAUGUGCCGAGAUAAUCACGGGAAUAUUCUCACGAGCGAGCGUGAGAUGGUCGAGAGGUGGUGGCAGCAUUACGAUGAGCACCUCAAUGGCGAUGUUGCAAGUACCGAAGGUGGCGUGGUAACAGAUCUAGGAGUAUGUGCACAGGACGAAAGACUUCCGGCCCCUGACCUCCAACAGAUUGAGGAGGAGGUUGGCCGGUUGAAAAACAACAAAGCCGCUGGAGCAGAUCAACUACCAAGCGAGUUACUAAAAUACGGUGGAGAAGUACUGGUGAGAGCCCUACACUGGGUCAUUACCAAGAUUUGGGAGGAAGAAGUAUUACCGGAGGAGUGGAUGAGAGGUAUCGUGUGUCCCAUCUACAAAAAGGGCGACAAGUUGGAUUGCGGGAACUACCGCGCGAUCACACUACUGAGCGCUGCCUACAAGAUACUCUCUCAAAUUUUAUGCCGUCGUCUAUCACCGAUUGCAAGAGAUUUCGUGGGGCAAUAUCAGGCUGGAUUUAUGGGUGAACGCGCUACAACGGACCAGAUGUUUGCAACCCGCAAGGUGUUGCAGAAAUGCCGCGAAUACAACGUGCCCACACAUCACUUUUUCAUCGACUUCAAAUCGGCGUAUGAUACAAUCGAUCGAGAACAGUUAUGGCAGAUUAUGCACGAAUACGGAUCCCCGGAUAAAGUGAUACGAUUGAUCAAGACGACGCUGGAUCGAGUGAUGUGCGUAGAUCGAGUAUCAGGGGCUCUCUCGAGUCCUUUCGAAUCUGAAGUCAGGCGAAUCGGAUUAGUCGUUAAUGUGUCGAAGACAAAGUACAUGAUGGCAAAGGGCUCCAGGGAGGAAUCACCGUGCCUGCCACCAUAAAUUCAUAUCGACGGUGAUGAAAUCGAGGCGGUUGAAGAAUUCUUGUACUUGGGCUCACAGGUGACCGCCGACAGCGACACCAGCAGAGAAAUUCAGAGGCGCAAUGUGGCAGGAAAUCGUGCAUACUUUGGACUCCGCAGAAUAAAGUUCGCAGUAACACGAUGUUAACUAUCUACAAAAUCUGAUUAGACCGGUCUUCCUCUAUGGGCACGAAACAUGGACCCUACGUGCAGAGGACCAACGCGCCCUUGGAGUUUUCGAACGGAAGGUGUUGCGUACCAUCUACGGCGGAGUACAGAUGGAAGACGCAUCAGCUGCUGAGAGAACCAACCAUCGUCCAUACCGCGAAAAUCAGGAGGCUACGGUGGGCGGGAAACGUAAUCAGGAUGUCGGACAGAAACCCGACAAAAAUGGUUCUCGAGAGUCAUCCGACCCGUACAAGAAGACGAGGUGCGCAGCGAGCUAGGUGGGUCAACCAAGUGGAGGACGAUCUGCGGACCCUACGCAGAGUGCGGAACUGGAGACAAACAGCCAUGGACCGAGUGGAAUGGAGACGGCUACUAUGUACAGCAGAAGCCACCCCGGCCUUAGCCUGAUCGGUAAGGUAAGUUAUUUUUUUUUUUGAAGAUUUGUUAUUUUUUCGAAGAUUGCUCUGACGGAAGCUUCACUUUCCCAACAUUGAUUUUUUUGGGCAUUCGUUUGCACCCAUUUUUGUUGGAGAAUGGUGCUGCAUUUUUAACCAUU